AUGAAUAUACUCUUACUAUCUUUUGUUUGUGUUGUAAUAUAUUCCAUCGGACAUGUCAAUGGAUCCUAUUUUGUGCCCCAGAAGCUUCUUGGCGAAAUGGACCAACGGUACGGAUCGGCCACAUUUAUACGUAACAAGACGGUCUACAACUAUGGAGGCAACACAUACGCAGACCAACUGUCAAAUGGCAUGAGCUCCACAUCAUUAUCAAGCAUAGGAAAUGUGGUGUACGAAGAGCUGCCUACAAGCCCAACCGAUCCACACUGCUCCUAUCCUUCUACAGUCUACCUCCCCGGAAAUGAUACCGUCUUGUUAUUCUGUGGCGAAUUGUCAGAUGACUCGGACAGCACAAUACUGACCAUAUGGUCUUACAACUUUGACACCCAGAAUCCUACCUGGACUGAGAUUGCACCCAUCAUCGACCAGGGACUCCUAACUGUUGAGGCAAGGUUCAAUGCUGUCCUGGGAUCCAAUGGAAAGGUCUACAUUUACUUUAACUAUCUGACCACAACUGCAAAUAAAACCAACGAGUUUAUCUCUUUCGAUCCGACCACCCGUCACAUAACAGAUCUUUCAAAGAAUAUUCCUCUACACCUGCUGUAUACUUCUACUGUUGCCCUUCCUAAUGGAUUAAUAGUAUUCUCUGCUGGAAAAACAAAGACAGAUGCUUCAACAGCAGAGUUUAUGCCUGCAAACCAAGUGUAUGUGUACAAUGUUAAUGACAAUACUUGGAGAAACCAACUUGUUAGUGGAUAUGCUUUUCUACCAAGAAACUAUCCCAAUUCUGCACUCGGGUCUGAUAACCAAACCAUUUUCUUGUUUGGAGGCAUAUCUCCUCAUCUUGAUGGAGUAGACGCCAUGUACAACGAUUUGCUGCUCCUAAACACAACCACAUGGAGCUGGUCGCUUUUUGAAGCUGGUGGCUAUCCGCCAGCUCCUCGGUUGUAUGCCUCCAUGGGAUUUAUACAAGAUGAUAUUCUAUCAAUCUCUUUUGGUAUACUGACACCGAAUCCAAGAAACGAUGUAAACUUUCUCAGAUACAGUGCGGAUGAAAAAACACCUUCGUAUUGGAUGCGAGACUGGGAAGAGUACCAAAACGGCCAAACUCCAGUCGUAGUAGAGAAAAAGGGUCUAAAGCCAGGCGCUAUUGCUGGCAUAGCUAUCGGUUCAUUAGCAGCUCUUGCCUUGAUGUCGGCAUCUGGUGAGCCAAUUUGGGCUGAAAUAAGUCGAAUUGUUUUCCAGUGCAUUGGCUAUCUUUUGCUGGCAGCGUACCUGGUGUAUAUUAUAAUGGAUGUCGUGAAUAGCCCAAAGGCUAUUAUCACUUUGAGAAAUAGUGCUCUUACCUUGAAGACACCUGACAUUCGGUUCUGUUUCGACGGUUGGAAUAACAGCCUGUCCGUCAAUGAAUACUUACGACCUCACAUGAGAUGCUCUACGGAUGAGGGAUAUGACUGUACUCAGCACAUAACUUCACUCAAUAUGUCGAUCCACAAACCGGCUUUUUCAGAACACAUGGGCGAAAUUACCUGUUUCUUGUAUGCGGCACCCAGCAAAUUCGUCUUGACUGAUCCUACUCGUAGAAUUGGCAAUGGUUCAUCAUUAGACUUUUCAUUUUACGGAGAUCCUACUGCUUCUGGUGCUAUACAUGCUGUAUUUUUCCCACCUGGGAUGGAUCCCAACAUUAUUCUGUACAAUAUCAACACCACUGACAUUGAUCCAAUUAUAACUCCAGAACAAAUGGAUGACUGGGUGGUUGCUGACUUGGGUGAUCGAUAUGCUGAGAAUGUAUACACUAUCAACCCUAAUUCCACUACCACUCUUGGAUAUGAACUUCAGAGCUACCAGCACCUGACAGACGAUGGUUGGAACAACGUAGGAUUCUCUCCAAAUGUAGAAAAGAUACCCCAGAUCAGUACGACAUUUCGUUCAGGAACUAUGAGCAAAGGCACACGAAGUCUGGCUUACAUCAUUAGUACCUUAAAGGUCUUUCCAAACGAGUAUGUUGAUGUGAUUUUGCAAGAGAAAAAGACGUCGACACUUCUGGAUGCACUUGGAUCUGCAGGUGGUGUGUUGAGUCUUAUAAUGGGUGUCCAGCUGUGGCUAUUUGGUUUCCGUCCUCAAUCGCCUUGGGGUGUUGUCCAUCGAUGGUCUAUUGGGCGUAUGAGUCACUCGAUUAAAGAGAGUCUAAGAUCCGGAUUUGACCCUACACACAAGUCUAUUCCGUUUGUUGAUCCUAUUGGCCAACCCAUAUUAUCCUCUAAUUCGUACUAUAAUUCUCCUCAUAUUGCUACCGGUGGUCUUAGUGGUGCUACUACUGCUGCUUCUGCUGGCGGCGGCGUUGUCGCUACUAGUUCUGGUUCUGGUGAUAUUUGUGCUACAGGCUAUUCAGAUAUUGAAGGCAAAGAUACCGCACAGCUUUUAACCGAGCCAGGAACACAAAUUCCUGGCCAACUGCAACGACUGAGUCAAGUGGAGGAGAGAAUGCAGCUUAUGGAACAAAUGUUGAAAGCUUACUAUAUUGACACUGAGAUCUUUAAACAGUUUUCACAGUCAGUCAAGACGAGCCAACCUGACUUAUCAAGAUUAGAUGUAGUUGAAAGUAUACCAAUAACAGAAUCAGGAGAAAUGCGACAAAGAUUGUGGGGUAGAGACAAUGUCUAA